AUGUCUCGAGCAUACUACAACAGCAAUAACCACUCAGAACAGUACGACCAACACUAUCCACAACAACCCUACUACCCACAGGAUGACUUCAUCGACCAAUACCAUCCAUCCUACAACAACAACAACAACAGCAACAACAGCAACAGCAACAGCCAACACCAUCAUCAAGACUAUCAUAGCCAAUAUCCACCGCCCCCAGAUAUCUACAACCAACAGCCCUACACUGCCCAACAUGACCAUCAACUCAACACCUAUCCUCCAGACCAUCAUUACCAUCCUGAUCAAGCGUAUCAUCCCGACUACGAUCCCGCCUAUGCUCUAGACGAGAAAUACCCCCCAGCUAGCGAACUCUAUCCGCCCCCGACGAGCGCUCAUCCCGCUAUCAACCUCAACCACCAUGAUCCCCCCUCAAUGAACCAGUUCAAUAGCUCAAGUACUUUUGCUAAUCCCACUAGAGGUUCCGUUGCCGCUCAGAUGGCUGCCGAAGGCGCAAUUCCUGAAAAAGCCGGUCUAAGAAUGUGGCGGUCUGAUGAACACAGUGGAGCAUUUACUCGGGGAGGCAAAUCACAAUCGUGUCGCAGAUGUUGUUGCUGCACAACCAUCGUCAUCGUCCUCCUCAUCGUCGGCAUCGUUGCUGGCUUCCUCCUCUGGGUCAGGCCCCCGAACGCUACGUUUAAUGGAAUCGCCCCUCCGACAGCUGGAAACCAAGUCGACCUUCAACCCAACGGAUUUCUUUUAAACUUUGAUCUCAACAUUGGCGUGACAAAUCCGAAUUUCUUUGGCGCCUCGUUCUCAAAGAUCUCAGCGAAGGCCUACUAUCCGUUGAACAAGACGGCAGCUCUGGGCGGAGGGGAGUUGGAGAAUGUGGAGAUCAAGCCCCAUUCGAAUACCACAAUAAACUUCCCAUUCCAGAUCAAUUAUACCACCUCGUUAGACCCGAAUCGGGCCAUCUUGGCCGACAUCGCCAGUCGAUGUGGAGGUACUUAUUCUAUUGUUCUUGGAUCGAUCUCACGUCCCAUCAAGAUCUCAUUCGAUAUCACCCUAAAACUGAAAGUCUUAGCGAUCACCAUCAGUCCGACGUUCAGCAGUUCGAACACCUUUUCCUGUCCGCUAAAACAGUCCGACUUCACCUCUGUGCUGGGCGGCUCCCAGAGUCUCGAUGCGCUCUCCAACCUGCUCACUGGCUCUGGAGGGGACUCGAAAGGUGCAGCAGCUGGAGACGCUAGCAAAGGCGCUGCUGCUGCUGCCCCUGCUGCAGAUCCCAAACGGCGGCUCCUCCUCCGCCGUCAUCUGGACUCGUCGGAAGACGAUCAACGAGUCGAACUCCUCCUCCGAAAAGCACUCGAUAAUCACCAUCGCUUCCUCACCAAUAAUCCCCCCCAACUCGUCCUCUCUCGCAUCCAAUUCUCUUCUCCUUAUCUCCCUUCUCCUUCGCGCUCUUCUUCUUCUUCUUCGACCUCACUGAGGCCAUGCUCCCGUCCCUCUCCUUCGAUUCCUCUGGACCGAUUGCUCUCGCGUCUCGUCUCUUUUUAUAGAGAUUCUUGGAACUCGGUUCUCGAUCUGCUUCGGAUUCGAGUGUCUUGA